GGCUGUUCCCGGUACACAUUUUAUGCUGAAUCUCAACAGAGGUCAGUUGAUUUUGAUAAGAGCAGAGGCAUGUGCAAAGUUAAUGGAAGUGACCUUAUUUCUAUUGAAAGUAACGAGGAGUGGAACUUUGUGAAAGACACUAUAAACAAAUUUCCAGGAAACAAAAUUGAAUACUACAUUGGUUUAACCAAAGACAAAGACGGAAGUUGGAGGUGGAUAAGUAAUAACAGCACAGUGAAUGAAUCCUAUUGGGCACCAGGCGAACCCAAUGGUAGAAAUAAUGAAAGAUGUGCUGUAAUGUACAAGGAUUAUAACAAGUUCUAUGGUUUGUUUGAUGAUUUGUCUUGUACAAUGAAAAGGCAUGGGUAUAUAUGUGAAAGUGAGUAUCAUGUCAUGUGUUGA